AUGGCUUCAACUCAGCAUCACGUCCAAGGCCUAACACCCGAGGAACAAACACAGCUGGAACCCAUCAUAAAAAAAUACCACCUUUUCGAACAGGCUCCGAACAAAUGUUUCUCCAUAAUCUCGUACCGCAUCGACGCUCCGGCGAGCAGGGUGUGGGUGUUCGUGAGAAGCUUCGAGAACCUUCAGAAGUACAAGCACUUCAUCAAAGGGUGCAACAUGAGAGGUGAUGGUGGCGUUGGAAGCAUAAGGGAAGUAACCGUGGUUUCGGGUCUUCCCGCGUCAACAAGCACCGAGAGACUCGAGAUUUUGGACGAUGAGAAACACGUCCUUAGCUUUAGGGUUGUUGGUGGCGAGCACCGACUCAAAAACUAUCGUUCCGUUACAUCCGUGAACGAGUUCAACAAAGAGGGUAGGGUUUACUCCAUCGUAUUGGAAUCGUAUAUCGUCGACAUACCCGAAGGGAAUACGGAGGAAGAUACCAAGAUGUUUGUCGACACCGUCGUGAAACUCAACCUUCAGAAACUUGGGGUCGUGGCCAUGGCUUCAUCGAUGCAUGGACAAUAA